AUGAGGGUUCACGAAGGGGGUACGACUUAUGAUGGCAACAGCAAGGUGCAAGAAACUGUCGAGGAUGGCUCAGGAGGGAAGAGAGAUGAAAUGAACCUUUACCUCGAAUCCGCGUAUUUGGUGAACACACUGAAGAAAUUGGCGGUUAAACUGAAUGAUUUGGAGAAUAAACCGGAGCGUGGCAACCGCCUAAGGGACAAGCAGACAAAAGUAAAGAAAGAGAUAGAGGAAAUCUUGGACAAGCGUACGUAUUCCCUUGGUGUGGAUUUCAAGGACCACAAUUUUCGCACCCUGUUGCACUGGGGAUGCAUUCUUGGAAACGACUACAUGGUCUCUCUGUUCCUGGAGAAAGGAGCAGACCCGAACUGCCAAGACAAGUGGUGGAACACGCCGCUCCAUUACGCCACAUACUUUUGCCCAGGGGUCGUCCUCAAGUUGUUGGAGAAGGGAGCGAAGAUUUGGAUUCACAACGAGAAAUACGAAUCUCCUCUCCAGAGGAUUUCCCCAGAUACCCUAUGGGAGUACUUGGACGGGUGCAUGCAUGAAAACGGCAGAGGCUAUGAUUACAAGGCCCAACUGGACUUGACCUUCUUGAUGCCUCCCAAAGAAUCGAAAGAAUCGAAGGACGUGGAAAAGUCAAAAUUUGAAGAGUCGAUGUUCGCUGAGACGACGUGUCUGUGGUGGAUCACCAAGAGCCCCCAGCACCAUGUGGUCCUCAAACACCCGGUCAUCACCGCGUUCCUGGAUCUCAAGUGGCAACAGAUCUCCACGAUCUACAAACUCCUCUGCAUCGUGUAUUUGCUUUACCUGGUGCUGCUAUACUUUUUUCUCAACGCCGGAGCGUUUCACAGCAUGCAGGAAGCACGAAAAUCAAUGACGAACUUGGGAAACGAGAGGCGCCUUGGUGCUGAUUGUACAGUUUACCAAAGUUUACAAGACCUGGAGAGUGCUGCUUCAUCUGUAAAGGAUAAUUUCACUCAAAGACUGUCUCAGGACGAGAAAGCAUACUUCCAGUGCAUGGCCAAGGGAUGGACAGUGGUGCGUUUCGUCUUGGUCGGCUUCAACUCGUUGAUUCUCCUCCUGGAAUUCCUCCAGCUACUCCUGAACCCCCUUAGGUAUCUGCUGAGUGUGAUGAACCUUCUGAAGAUGGCCAUGGUAGCAUCCAUACGACAUGGACUGGGGCUGCUGGAGCGGCGUCCUCACCCUCUUUUGGGCGAGACGCAGGACAUCAAGGAAAAAGCUGAAGCUCUGCGCCAUGUGUCCCAGGUGAAGCUCAUCUUCUACGUGGAGUCCAUCUUCCUGCAGGACCCGGAAUACAUCUUCCACGUGUUCAACAUCUGGACUCGGGUGAAGAAGUGGUUCGGGGGAUCCACUCCGACACGACGAUCCAGUGUCCGUUAUCCGUCUUUCCUCAAUUGCUGCCCGUGUUUCAAUCCGAUUCUCAAACGUCUAGCAAUGAAACUCAUGCUACUUCAGGCGGAUGGGUGGCAUCCAACGUUGACCGUCCAUCCCAUGAUGGACAUCGUCAACGAUCUGGACAUCCCAGGACAGACAUCGUCAUCUGUCCAGCCUAUAUGGGAACAGACAUGGAGAUCCCUGAGAUCCCGUGAAAUCCGAAUGGACAUAGAUGCGCCUUCAGCUAGGAAUGCCUCUCGUGCUAGUGGAAUGUCACUGCUGUCGAAGAAGCCAUCUCCAAAGGCUCUCAGUCUGGGUUACCAGGAAGCUGAGAACCUUAUCCACUUCAUGAAAACUCAACGAAACGUGAAAGCAAACCAACCAGUUUGGACAGCAUCUGCAAGUGGCAGAGGGAAAUCAUCCAGAAACGGAGGAACCACGAAAGGAAGUAGCAGCCUGUAG